AUGUCGACUCCAGUCAAGGUGUUGGUGACUGGCUUUGGUCCGUUCCUUGAUAUUACGAAGAAUCCGUCCUGGGAGAUUGCACGGCAUCUACCGUCAUCCGUUACUGGCCCCAAUGGCGAAAUCGUCACUAUCAUCGUACCAGCUGAACCCAUCCCAGCAGCUUACCACAAGAUACUAGCCCAGGUCCCGGUGUUGAUCCAGGAACAUGCGCCUGAUCUGGUUGUGCAUAUGGGUCUUGAUGUCGGCAGCGGACCCGGAGUAUUCAAACUCGAACGGAGUGCACUGCGAGACGGCUAUCACGAUAUUCCAGAUAUCGAAAGGCGCGUCUUUACCAGAGCAGACAACAAGAAACUGUUUGGGAAGGCAUCAUCGUCUCUAACAACUACUCUCGACAUCGAUGCAGCAGCUGGGAUAUUGCAAGAAGCUUGCUAUUCUCUCAGCCUCUCAACCCCGGCAGCUGCGCCAGAGAAUGUCAAGGUCAAAGGCAAAGGCAAAUCAAGAAAAGCUAUCGAGGUAAGACUCAGCGAUGAUGUGGGCUCGUAUGUGUGUGGUUUCAACUACUACAUCAGCCUACUCGAGAUGCAGAAGCGUACCAGCAAGCGGGACAAUGUCUUCUUCCAUGUGCCUCAACUUGAGUCCAAGGAGGAUAUUCAAACUGGUGUGAAGGUGACGGAGGAACUAGUCCGAGCGCUGGUGGCAAGUAAUUGGUAUAUCGCCAGACACAAACCCGGCGAGAAUGCUCGCUAUUUCGCUACUGCCUCGUUUCAUGAGCAACGUCGAACGCGCAAAGGAUCACUCCUGUGCAUAGCACAUGAGCCUGCCAAGGGCAUGAACGCACUCUUCACCAAGUUGAUAGCGCUCUCCGGUCGAAUCAUAGCUUGUUCAUAUCCCGGGCUCCAAGAGAUGCGGGUCCUCAGCAUGUGUACACAUGACGACGAGAAUCUCCGAGGCCGCUCUACCUGUUAUUCAGAUCCUAACACUCUAUGGAAAGCUUCAGUUCAUACUGUGAUGAAGUAA